GGAAUACGGACCGAACGUCCGGUACGAGUGGUUCUGGGGUUUGAACCAGCUAAAGCAGAACGCAGUGGAGACAUUCCUGAAGUGGAGGGUAAUGUGGCCGGAUUUGGAGGAAUUGUUGAAUUUGGCGUCGUCGUCAAUGGGGUGGGGGCUACUGGUGUGGUGGUAUCCGUGGCCUUGGAGUUGGAAGGGGUUGCCGUGACGGAUGUUGCGUCGAAGUAA